AUGUACUACCAGAGUGAAAAAACCAAAUCAUAUGCCGUUUGUUUUGAUAAUUGUUUAAAAGGAUCAACACUUUUUACUAAGUUGGAAAAAGAUCAUAAUGUUUUUCCUGUAACAGAUACAUUUCAAAAUAUUCAAAAUCAAAUAAUUAAAUUAAAAAACAAUCUUAGUAGAUUAUAUGAACACACUAAUAAUGGCAAUGAUGAUAAUAACAAUCGUAAAAACUAUAAUUUAUAUAUUAAAAUUGAAGAUGAACGAGAAGAAUUUAUUCGUAACAGAGCAUCAAAAAUUGUUGAACAAAUUAAAUUGAAAAGAAUACAAGUAAAUGAAGAUGAAGAUAAUAAUAAUUAUAAAAAAAGAAAAAUUGAAGAAAAUCCUUCUGCUAAAGAAAAUGAUGAAUUAUUAAAAGAAGUGGAUGAAUUAGAAAUCCUUAAAACAAUCUUUAAUCUAUAA